ACCAAAACUAGAAUAAAAACGUUUGUCAGACAAAGAAGAAAAGUAGAGAGAGGCCAUAAGAGAAGAAAGGGUUCGUACUUAUACUGAGCUUGAAGAUGACUUCUUAGAUGUUGAUGAUACUUAUAAACUUGUUCCUUAUAAAGAACUCGCUCAAACCCUCUAACUUGGGCUGGUGCGGCCUACUAUGGGCUUCUGGGCCGGGAGUCCAGUGCAGAGCAAAAACCGAUUUUGUGGCCGUUGAGAUGCGGGCAUACGAUGCGAAGAUGGAGAUGCCGCUGGGCUAUGUGGCCGAGACAACGGGCUGGUUUUUUUGUUUUCUUUGGCAACCAAGAGAUGGCUGGCUGGCCUGGUGGAGGCUGGAGCCUGCGGGUGCGCAUGGCGCGGGCAGUAGGCUCACUGGAGAAACGGUGCUUUCAAUAAAGCCGGGGAAUGGGGGAGCUCAAGAUAAGGCGGUUGCCAGUAGAAUUGGCAUUGUGGGGUGAAGGGUGUAUGCAUGGAAUUCCCGCCUGCACGGGGCUUUUAUCUUCUGAUUCUGGCCAUACCAGUGGUGCUAUACCAGGGUCUAAUAGGGUAGGAUCAGUGCAUCCACAGUGCCAUACCAUUAGUGCCCUCCAGGGAAUAUACAAGAUAUACAGUCAUUAACAUAUUACUUUUUACUUUUCCUUAUAUUUAUCAAGAAAUGUCCGCUC